CGAGAUCUCUUCACAGCAUUCGGGUUUAAUGGCAAGGCGUCGCUCUAACACCGGAACAACGACGAUUAUGAGCCGUUGGGGCGCAACAGACUAGUGCGUCCAUGACCACUCUGAAUUAACGAUCAUAACCUUUAAGUUCAAUGUUUGUUAGGCAUGGAGUAUCCAAUGCACGGCCUUAGUGUCAUAUGGUAUUUUAGUCGACUAGUAGUGACAGGUUAUAUCGUAGUCUCAUAGCAAGGGUCCAAUAGCAUGUCAACAGAAAUACAUAAGAAAACUCUCCCAGAGUCGGACUUUAGGGACGUAUCGGAUUUAAAAGUAAGAUAUAUGUAAAUCUACCGUCGCUAUACCCUUCUUAUCUUCAUCUCCAUCUCCAUCAACAUUUCGCUUUCUCUCGUUCUUCUCUUCUAUACAUAUUUCGCUUGCUCUGGUCGGACCGUCUUUUCAGCAGAAAAGCAUCCCCAACAGCAACCACAACAUCAACUCAUCUAACAUUCAACCAUGGUCGGACAACACGACGCUGCAAUUCUUCCCCAGCAGGGCGGUCCCUUGUCUCUUGGCAAGCGUCCCACUCCCGAGCCCGGUCCAAACGAUGUUCUCAUCGAAGUCAAGGCCGUUGCCUUGAACCCCUGCGAUCAUUUCCAGCGUGACUAUGGCAUGCCUCCUGUGCCUAUUUACCCCGCUGUUAUCGGAUCCGACACUGCUGGUGUUGUCACCAAACUGGGCUCGAACGUCACCACGGUCCCUGGUCCGGGAAGCCGAGUGAUUGCCUUUGCCUCAUCAUUCUACCAGAACGGCUCCCCCGACCGCGGUUCCUUUCAAAAGUACACUUUAGCACAAUCCGAAGCUGUCAUCCCACUUCCAGACAAUCUCUCCUUUGAAGAGGGCGCGGUCUUCCCCAUGGCCGUCCUGACUGCCCUGACUGCCUGGACCACAAUCGGUAUACCGCUCGAUACCAAGUACACUCCCGCGGACAAACAAGCGGUCCUUAUCUGGGGCGCAUCGAGCAGUGUAGGCACGUUUGCCGUCCAAUCGGCCAAGACACUCGGUUUCACUGUCUACGCCACCGCCAGUCCCAAGCACCAUGACCUCGUCAAGAAGCUCGGAGCCCAUGCGGUUUUCGAUUACAGGGCAAGCGAUGUCGUCUCCCAGAUCGUCAGCGCCGUGAAGAAGGAUGGUACCAAACUGCACACGGCACACUGCGUUGUUGAUGGGGCUCUGCAGCCAACAUUGGACAUCCUCAAGGAGACCAAGGGUGAUGCACACGCCAAGGUUGCACACUCACCCCUUCUCCCAGAAGGUCACCCUACCCUCGACAAUACGCAGAUCACUUUCAACUUCCCACCUACGGACGAGACCGCAAGGAGCAAGCACAUGAACGAGGUCUUCCACGGGUGGCUGAAGACCGGUCUGCAGUCCGGUGAAGUAAUCCCCAGCCCCACUAUCCAGACUGAGGGUGGCGGUCUGGGCGGAGUGCACGCAGCACUAGACAAGCUCAAGGGUGGUGUCAGUGGCACUAAGAUCGUUGUGCCGGUUUAAUGAAUUGCCUUUUGCUGAUACACACGAUACGACUGGGAUCCCGACCUUCUUAAACGAUUUGGCAUAGGAUCCCUCGACAUCGGGCGGGAUUAAAUGUGGGAUGUUGAAGUUGACAAUGACGUGCAGUGCUGUGAGAUCGCGCUUAAUCUAUUUUCUUAUUCCAAGUUUACUUCCCAAUGCCUCCUCGUUACAUUCGCUGUCUGGGGCAUACUCCAUCUGAGAAAGCAGUAACGACGUCUUUGGGUACGACUGCCAGAUCUCAGAUUGCAUUCGCGGAUUCAAUCAGGGACAUGCGAGCUGCUUGGAUCUUCUCAAAUUCUUUUCCAUGUGCGGCUGCUGGGGGUGCAUCUGGGGCAAAGGGAGGAGAUGGUUGUUUUAUAGACAGUUGACAGUUCCAAGACCCAUUCCUAAGUUUCACAUUGUGUAUUUUUUUUUUACUAUAGAAUAUGACGGUGGUUGAUCGUGGAUCCAUGCAGGGGGUGUAUCUCCAACCUUCGCAGUUGAAAGAUCUACAAGAUAUCGACCCCACAUGCCAUCAAACUUAAUUUAGUGAGAAGAUAACGUGUUCGUUUUUGAUAGAUUUUAUAGCCCUAAGCAAUUG